AUGAUGUUCGCCAAGACCCUCCUCGCCAGCGUCUUCGCUCUGACCGCUGCGGCCCUUCCUCACCAGGCCCGCGACAAUGCCGGCGGCGGUAGUGUCAACUUCGUCAACAACCUUGACACCGAUGUUUACCUCUGGACAACAUCCGCGAACCCCGGCGAGAUGCACACUCUCCCCAAGGGCGGCGGCACCUAUUCUGAGGGCUGGCAGAUCAACCCCAACGGCGGUGGUAUCUCCAUCAAGCUGUCCACCACUCAGUCCCAGAGCAGUGUUCUCCAGUUCGAGUACACUGUCAACAAGGAUAAGCUCUACUGGGACAUGUCCUCCAUCGACAUGAGCCCGGAUUCGCCCUUCGUCAAGGCCGGUUUCUCCGCAAUCCCCAGCGAUUCGAGCUGCACCACCGCCGUCUGCAAGCCAGGUGAUGCCAACUGCGCCCAGUCCUACCAGCACCCCAACGACGUGAACACACUUUCCUGCUCAGUCAACUCGCAGUACACCGUCACUCUGGGCUAG